AGAAGCUGAAGAAGCAGAAGAAGCUGGAGCUGAACGUCUGACUUGAAGGUGACUCUGAUCAGCAUCAUGGGAUCCAGUGGGAGUAAAACAGCAGCAGCAGCAGCAGCAAUAAAACCAGAACCAGCCGUCAAAAAGAGUCACUUCAGUCACCUGAUCGAUCCGCGUUCUCCCUCAGCCGGCAUCGAUCGGACUCCCAUCCAGGCUGCCGAUUUGAUCUCCAGAACCUCUGCGGCGGUGAAGAGUGACAAUCCUUCAGUCUUCAACGAUCCACGUUCACCGACCAUCGGCAUCAGCCGCACACCUGUCAGAGACGUCAUGACAGCCACCGUCGGCUCCUUCGCUCGCCGCCUCGGCAUGUUGUUCCACAGCGAGGCUCUGACGGAUCAGCACGCCUUCAGGGUCGAAGAGCUGCCGUCCACUGAGCCCCUCCUCACCCCUCGGCCGACGCACCUUGACACACCUGUGCUGCAGGACCUGGACAACUCGAGCCCUUUCGUGAUCCUCGAGGAGCCUCAGGCGGAGGUGGAGGUAGAAACUGAAGCAGACUUCAACCUGGAGGAGGCCACAGAGUCUCCUCUACACAAGAGGCUGAGCCUGAGCCUGAUCACCUGCCAUGAAGGAACCACGUCCUCCACCGUCCUCGCCGAGGUCCACCAUGAAGGUUCUUCACAUUCAGAACCAACUGCGGAGGUGGACCCUCUCCAGGACGCUGUGGAACAUUCUUAUGCUCUUCCACCUCUCGGUGUAGAACCAGAGUCUCCUGCUGAGUCUUCUGGUCCCUCUGCAGUAGAAUGUUCUCCUGCACCGCUGGAGAAACCAGAACUCAUUAAAGAAGCCGAGCCUCUGUGUUCGUCAGCUGUUCUCAGCACCGGCAUCCGCUGCCCCACCUUCGACCCCCAGAGCCCCAGUCAGGUGGUGUUCAAGCCCCAGUGGCUGGGAAAAGGCUUUGGGGCUCUGGAGCGCAGAACCAGAGCAGUGCAUGCUGGGAAGGGAGGCUCCUCCCCCCUUGCUGUCCAAGUGGCUGUGAAGAACGUGACCAACGAGAACAAGGGGCAUUCUGGGAAACCGAGGCAGAAAGGAAGUGAGGGCCGCUCCCCGCUGCAGAUCCUGAAAGAGACCAACUCGCCUCGAGAUCAGCGCUCUCAGGUCCAGAUGAAGCUGAAGGUGUCGACUCCAGACAGACGGAGGUCGGGUCAGACGGACCGCCGAGUUCUGGUGUCUCUGGACAAGGAGAACCGAUGAGGCGCUGCAUCUCGUCUUCACUCCGUCCUUUUAUAUCCUCGACAUACUUUUAUUUGUCCCGUUUUCACAAAUUGAUUUUUGUCUUGUAAAUAUUGAACUUCUGCAAAUUCAUCUUGUUCUUGUCAUCGUGUAAAUAUAAAUAAAGUUAUCUGCAUGCUCGUGUCAGCUUUUA